AUGGGUGCACUCUCUUUUAGAGGCCAGCUCGGUUAUCAAGUUAUCGCCCCGAUUCUCUUAGUUAUCUUGUGUAUCUCAUGCAGUCUAAAUGAAAUCGACUCUACCUUUUGCCCUAAUUGUCUGGAGAACAUACCUGCUGGAGAGGCUCGCGUGAAAAGAAAUAGAUGUGUUAACUGUAAUCAAUGUCCAAUUUGUUGUAAGCCCCUUUCUCUUCUUAUUGAUCAGCUUUUCGUUGACGUUGCUUCCCUACUGUGUUGA